AUGAAUCGAGCUCGCCAUGGCGGCAAUCCCUCCAAACCGAGCGGCGAGAAAGCUCAGCUCGUCUUGGCUUACCAAGAACUAGGGAACGAGCUACACUCCACUCAGCUCAAGGUCGUCGGCAACUACACCCUCGGCAGGAUCAUUGGAGAAGGCAGCUUCGGUACGGUCAGGCUGGGUAUCCAUCGCCUCACGGGCUCCCGAGUGGCGAUCAAGCACAUCCCCAAGUCAUCCUCACCGCCCCUGCUGACCCGUGAGAUCCAUCAUCACCGUCGGCUCCAUCAUCCCAACGUCGUCCAACUCUAUGAGGUCAUCGCAACCGAACACUCGAUCUGGCUCAUCACCGAACUCUGUUCCGGCGGCGAGCUAUUUGAUUACCUGGUCGAAAAGACCCGGUUUACCGAGUUCGAGGCCCGUCGUCUCUUCGGCCAGAUCUGUCUCGGCCUCGGCUAUGUCCACGGCAAGGGCGUCGUCCAUCGGGACCUCAAGCUGGAGAACGUCCUACUAGAUGAGCGCUGUAAUCCAAAGCUGGCCGACUUUGGUUUUGGACGCGAAUUCGAACCACGCAAGCUACUCGACACCUUUUGUGGUACAACUGGCUAUGCAGCGCCAGAGAUGCUUGCUGGCAAGAAAUACCUUGGAGAGGAGGUUGACAUUUGGUCUUUGGGGAUCAUCCUCCACGCCUUGCUGACUGGGAGUCUCCCGUUCGAUGACGAUGACGAGGAGCAGAUGAAAUCGAUGAUAAUGGCCGGCCAUUUUGAAAUUCCAACAUUCCUCAGUAAUGAGGCUUGUAAUUUGAUUCAAUCCAUCCUGCAGCAGGAUCCCAAAGCCCGGCCAUCGAUCGAAAAGAUCCUUUCACAUCCUUGGUUCACCACACCACCCUUGCAGCACUCCUUCGGUGAGGCCGAACCACUUUCCAGGCCAUCGCCCAUCAUCGAAGAAGCUCAGCAGUUACCCAAAUCACCGUCUACUUCGCUUGGAACACUUGCCUCAGUCGAUCCACCCAACCAGACACCUUCAAGAGCUUCUCAGCCCAUUCCAUCCAAUCAUGCCAACAAAUCCAGCCAUUCAGUCUUCGACUCGGAUGCAUCUGGACCCAGCAGCAAAGAAAGCGACUUGAGCGUCUCCUCAGGCCGGAGUAGUACAAGUUCGCCUGUCACAUCUGAGGAUCUACCAGCUCAGAUGCCUGCAAUUCCUGACUUGGGUCUCUCAUCUUCCGACUGCUCAGCAGGUCAUCCAAAGCCGAGUACCGCUUCAAAUUCCCAGUUGUCGCCCCUUCUCAAACACUCCAACAGCUCCCACUCAACCAUCAAGAAUUCACAGUCUUCAAUUCCACACAACCCUCUCCAACAUCUGCCCACGCAUGCCGAGGAUGAAAGUGACACGACACUAUUUGAAUCGAAUCUCUCACCGAACGCUGAGUCAGACCCUACCUCGCCUCAGUCAUCCAAUCUCUCACAUCCAAACGCCAGGGCAGGUACAUCAAAACCCCGCCCUUUGUCCAUUCUUUCCUGUGUGCCCUCCUCACUUGCACAUCCUCAAAUUCGUACACCCUCUCGAACAAAGCGGCGGUCAGUUGGGAGCACCCUAUCGGAGCGAAUAGGCCCUUUUGAGGAUAGUGCUACAUCCGAUUUUGCUACUCCUACCACCAAUCAAGCUCGACUUUCAACCUCAUCACUGUUUACUGUUGUCAUUGAUUACGUCGGUGCACUGAAAGCUACCACUCAAGCCCCUCUUUUGAGCCCAGAUGAUUUGAUUUUCAUGAAAUCUUUGAGCGUCCUAGGCUUUGAUACUGGUCAAAUCAUUCACUCAGUCCAAUCUUAUGCCUGCGAUUCAUCAGGAGCAUUAUGGUGGCUGCUGAAAAGGAAAAAGGAAAAACAAAGUGUCAGUCGGGAUGAGGCAGAGCGAGAUUCAAAUGACGCUGCGAGCAAAGAUCCUUUCAACACCCAAGGUCCGCUUGAGAUUCAAUCCCCCGACUCUGUGGCCAAGGACGAGUUCUUGCCUAGUUCAGUCGUGAUAUCAGCCCCUAUUUCAUCUUCUUCCAACGUUGGCGUACCAGUCAUCAGUCCACCCGAAGACUCUUCCCCGACUACCAAUCUUUCCAGGAAGCCAACAACCCCCAGCAAAACAAAAAUAACACUCUCGAGCUCCCCGAGGACAGAACCAUCGCUCAAUUUAAUCAAAGUUGAGAAAGAAGCUGGGAUGGAGAACCCUAUCCUCACUGGACAUCGAUCGUAUCUGAAUCUGAAGGCGAACUUUGGCUCUACUAGGAGCAAUCCGUUUACUACUUCUCCGGGCAACUUCAAUGAUGAUACCUGCUCCAGCACCUCCUCAGCAAAACUCGACACACUCUCUAGCUCCGACAAAGAAACUCCUUGCAUCACUGUUGACUUGGCAGCACCGACCAAGAAAUCAACUGCCGAUCUAAGGAAACGAAGCCAGUCAGUUAGCAUGUUACAACGUGCUACCCAUGCUCUAGGCACCAAAAAGUCAGCCGACGAUAAACAUAAGAGUCGCAGUCGAGAGGGGAGCUCAACUCAUGACGGAGAUGAAAAGCAUGGUCAUGAAAAGGUCUCCAAGAAAGAGAUCAAAGCUCGUGAGAAAGAGAGCAAGAUGGAAGAACAUCCAAAGCCAUCUGGUAGCCUACCCCUGUCUGGCUUUCCUCGGGGGGAUCGGAGAAAUCCGUCGACAGAAGCGGGCACAGGUCAAAAGAACUCGACGUCCCAGCCGAAACGUGUCUUGUAG